UAUGACACAAUGGAGACUCUGUAGAAUGACGUUUUCCGUUCGUGCGCGAAUUAUGGGCACGAAACUUUUGUGGCAGCCAAUUUGACUCAUCUGCAGAUGACGACGUUCUUGCUGCUUCCUUGACGUAUAAAGAGAAGGCACAGAGCAACCGAUGGAGAGAAAGGGUGGUGAUAAUCGUAAGAGGGACUUCCAGAGUGCUACACAAGAGGAUGAGGUAUCUGGUGAAUUUCCCUCAAAGAAAAGUUGCACUUCCCCAGACACCAUGAUUGUCAAAGGUGGAGAAGACAAAGCAGCCUUACCACAUCUUGAUCUAACAUCACAGCAAGAGCUUCCUGAUUCACAGAUGUCACUGGAUUUAUUCUCCUCACCAACAGAUGCCAUGUCACAGGAGUUUGAGCCAUUUGCACUACCCGAAUUGCAGGGAUUAUCAGGCAGUGAUGGGGCACCAGCAACUCAUGAGGAUACUGAGGAGGCUAGUCAGGAGCCAGCCUUGUUAUCACAGAUGUCUUACAUUGAGGAGGAGGACAGAGGAUGCAAGAGAACUGCAUCCCUACAGGAUAACAAAUCCACUGACAAUCUAUCAGGACGACACUCUCAAACAUCAGGCAAUGUUAGCAGGACAAUCCCAGAAAUGACACAAUGUGCCAAAGAGGACAAUCAAGAUGCAUCCACCAGCAAAGAUGAACUCUCUGAAGAACCCCUGUUAAGACCUAACCCUGGACGUUAUGUCAUCUUGCCAAUCAGAUAUCCACUCAUUUGGGAAUUUUACAAGAAAGCACAAGCUUCGUUUUGGACAUGUGAAGAAGUGGAUCUUGGAAGAGACCUUAAAGAUUGGCAAACGUUAAAGUCAUCUGAGCAGUAUUUCAUCAAGCACAUCCUGGCCUUCUUUGCAGCAAGCGAUGGUAUUGUCAAUGAGAACCUAGUGGAGAGGUUUGGUCAAGAGGUUCAGAUUCCUGAGGCAAGAUGUUUCUAUGGCUUCCAAAUGGCUAUGGAGAACGUGCACUCUGAGAUGUACAGUCUCCUCAUAGAAAGCUACAUACAGGAUCCUGCAGAGAAGACUCGACUUUUUAAUGCAAUUGAAACGAUGCCAUGCAUCAAGAAGAAAGCUGACUGGGCCAUUCGAUGGAUUCAUGCCAAGGAAGCUACAUUUGGAGAGAGACUCGUUGCAUUCGCUGCAGUGGAAGGCAUCUUCUUCUCGGGAUCAUUUGCAGCUAUAUUUUGGCUGAGGAAGAGGGGUUUGAUGCCUGGCCUGACAUUCUCUAAUGAGCUGAUCAGCCGUGAUGAGGGUCUACACUGUGACUUUGCCUGCCAUCUCUUCACUUACAUUGUGCACAAGCCUAGCCCUACUCGCAUCCAGGAGAUCAUCUUAGAGGCAGUAGAGACUGAGAAGCAGUUCUUUCAAGAGGCCUUGCCAGUCAGGUUGAUUGGAAUGAAUGCUGAGCUCAUGUUACAGUACAUUGAGUUUGUGGCUGACAGAUUGCUGAUGGAGCUGCAUUGCCACAAGGUGUACAAGACGUGUAACCCCUUUGACUUCAUGGAAUCUAUCUCCCUGGAAGGCAAGUCCAAUUUCUUUGAGAAGCGAGUGGCCGAGUACCAGCGAGCAAAUGUAAUGGCUGCAGACGAUGACAGACACGUCUUUACACUGAAUGCUGAUUUUUAGGUGAUCUAGAUUAGGUGUUUGUAAGCAUUUGUAUUCUGGAACCAAAUUUGUUUUUAAUUAUUUUCUGAGGUGGGAUUUGAACCAGCAACCUCCCUACAGCCAUCCCAGUGUUUUACAGUUGGUGCCAUUAAACUCAGUGUUAAACCUUUUGUAAUUGAUCGCUGUCCUGGGAUUCUGACAUGGAGGUCCCAUUCCCCUCAUUAAGAACUGAGUUUAGCGUACUAUUCAGCUUCCAACUAAAGCUUCCAACCAACUCAGGAAAGAAACACAACUCCCAUCUUUUAAAAACAUUAUUGGUGGGUUUAAACAAAUUGUGUUGAAAUAAAAAAAAACCUUGGGGAUAAUAAGGUACUUCACAAGAUUUCUUUGGGUAUUUUGUAUGAUAACCUGAUGAUUCUCGUGAGCUCCAGAAAAUUUGAAUUUGUAUUCAAUUUGGUAAUUUGUUUUGUCAUUAUUUCCUUUAAAAUGGGUCACAGGGUUAUUUGUCAACUUGUACAUAAAAAAAACAUGUAUGCAGAGACAGAAAUUACCAAGAGGCUGGAGCAGAAUUACUUGAUUUGUCACUAUCUGUUAUGGAAUUCAUGACUUCAAUUUUCAGGGUUCUCUCAAAAUCUUAAAAUGAAAUUCCAUGACAUUUCCAAGACUUCUCCAGAACAAAAUGAGAGCAUUUCAUGACCAAUUCCUAGGCUGUAUUGGCAUCUUAGAGCCAUUUACAAUACACUGGCCAGUCAUAACACUGAAAAUAAAGGUCUAUGCAAUGUGCAUUACCAUCAAGAUGAUGGCCUCCACCUCCCCCUCACAGCAGUGAGCGUCAGUUUGAUGGAUUUGGUGCUAUCAAAGAUUAUUACGUAUUAGUAUCCAAUCCUCCCACUUUUUCAUGGCCUGCACCUCCCCUCACAGUGUCAGUACCCCAAAGCUUUGAAUGGUACAAAGCUCUGAACUUCAAUACAACUAUAGAAACUGCAUAGUGUAUAUGCACUAAAUGAUAGCCAGGUAUCCGGUUCGUUGGUGUGACGUCAUCUCAAUUCAACCAUGCGUACUUCACACGGCGUAGCAUAGCACGAAUGGAACUGGAAGUUAACACAACUUGAGUGUUUAUCCAAUGGGUGCAAGCAAUCAGUGGUGCCCGCGUAUGACGUUUUGACUAACGAACCAGAAACUGCAGAUGGUCAUGCAUGGGUUGUGCAGGAUUUUUUCAUGACUUUGCAACCCUGUAUUUCACAUUUUAUGUGCACGGAUUUA